UGUUCGACUUGAGCUGAACCACUUCGAGCCGCACUGUGAGAAGUGCGUCGCGGCCAAUGACCCGUUCAACGUCAGUGGCAGACUCGUGCUCGAAGCCGCAGAGACCGCCAGCACCGUCCCCAUGUUCGUUCUGUUCGACAUCUUGUGCAGGCAAGGACUGGGGCACUAUCAUCCCUCCAUCGCCAAGGACGUGUGGAUAACGGUGAGCUUAAAAAAAACAAACAACAAAAACAAAAAAACAAACGUGUUACAGUAUCUGCCUGUGUUUGACAUGGUUGGUCCGGCCAUGAAGCUUAUUUCAGAUGAUGUCCAUGUAUUAGAUCAGGACUCUCUGAACUCUUGAAACCAGGUCAGGUUAGUUUGCACUUGGUUCCGGCAAUUUUUUUUUUAAUUUUUAUAAUUGCCUCCGAACUCCGUUGCAUGCGAUGAAGCGACCAAUCCAUCAAAUGUAUUAUAUAUUUCCUGCACUAUAUAACAGCUCCAGAUAUUCCCGCGCCCAGGUGAAAACCCUUGGAUCUAUCACAUGUACAGAAUAAUUCGUAAAUACUGACUAGAGUAAAAGCAGUGUUCGGAGAAUCGCAGCUCGCGAGCCGCGUGCGGCUCUUUAGUGACGUGAGUGCGGCUCGGUCAGUCGGCCACUAAUCGGUUUUAACUCGGAAAAAACUUGGUUCUUGACAAGUUCUUGAAAAGGGAGUUGUAGCUCAAAAAAAAAUGUUAAUCGUCUUCCUGGUGAUUUUUUGGCUCUUUUGUCUAAUGAGCUUGCCGACCACCGAGUUACGGUAGAGGAUGAUUCCAUGUGCUAAUAGUUAGGUAGAGGAUGAUUCCAUGUGCUCAUAGUUAGGUAGAGGAUGAUUCCAUGUGCUAAGAGUUAAGGUAGAGGAUGAUUCCAUGUGCUAAGAGUUAGGUAGAGGAUGAUUCCAUGUGCUCAUAGUUAGGUAGAGGAUGAUUAUAUGUGCUAAGAGUUACGGUAGAGGAUGAUUCCAUGUGCUAAGAGUUAGGUAGAGGAUGAUUCCGUGUGCUAAGAGUUACGGUAGAGGAUGAUUCCAUAUGCUAAUAGUUAGGUAGAGGAUGAUUCCAUAUGCUCAUAGUUAGGUAGAGGAUGAUUCCAUGUGCUAAGAGUUAAGGUAGAGGAUGAUUCCAUGUGCUAAGAGUUAGGUAGAGGAUGAUUCCAUAUGCUCAUAGUUAGGUAGAGGAUGAUUCCAUGUGCUAAGAGUUACGGUAGAGGAUGAUUCCAUGUGCUAAGAGUUAGGUAGAGGAUGAUUCCGUGUGCUAAGAGUUACGGUAGAGGAUGAUUACAUAUGCUCAUAGUUAGGUAGAGGAUGAUUCCAUAUGCUCAUAGUUAGGUAGAGGAUGAUUUCAUAUGCUCAUAGUUAGGUAGAGGAUGAUUCCAUAUGCUCAUAGUUAGGUAGAGGAUGAUUCCAUGUGCUCAUAGGUAGGGAGAGGAUGAUUCCAUGUGCUCAUAGUUAGGUAGAGGGUGAUUCCAUAUUCCAUGUGCUCAUAGUUAGGUAGAGGAUGAUUCCAUGUGCUAAGAGUUAAGGUAGAGGAUGAUUCCAUGUGCUAAGAGUUAGGUAGAGGAUGAUUCCAUGUGCUCAUAGUUAGGUAGAGGAUGAUUCCAUAUGCUCAGAGUUAAGGUAGAGGAUGAUUCCAUAUGCUCAAAGUUAAGGUAGAGGAUGAUUCCAUAUGCUCAGAGUUAAGGUAGAGGAUAAUUUCAUGUGCUAAGAAUUGCGGUGGAGGAUGAUUCCAUGUGCUAAGAAUUACGGUAGAGGAUAAUUCUAUGUGCUCGCUAAAACAAACCUUUUUUUCUUUAAUAUCCCCAUAAAAUAUGGAAUGGCUAUUACCCCUCAUAUUAAUGAGAUGUGAUAAGAUGAGGUAUUAAGCUACUGCAGCAUCAACGGCGUUCAAUAUAAUUUGAAGGGCUCAAAGGAAAAACCAGUGAUGUCAGGUUUUGAGAGUUUUGAGAAAAUUAAAUUUAAAGUUUGAAAAUUCCUCAUAAAAGUAUGAACAUAUCAAGAUGUCUACGUAUUUAUUUAUUGAGUAUGCUGCUUUUUCAGUUGGACCUAUGUAUCACAUUAAUCUAUUAAAUAGAAUGUAGCAUAACAUAGAGAUAACAUAGAAAUUUUGAAAAACUGACAUCACUGGUUUUUCCCCUGAACCCGUCAAUUGCAUGCCAACAGGUUAAAAAAAAACACACGAAUCUUAGCGGCAAUAUGUAUCUUUAGAUCUCCAACAACUUGAAGUGAGAGGCGACUCAAGCCAUAGCAUCCAUAGAGUGUCAUUCCAUACGGACAUUGAUUAUAUGAACAAAUUACUUUGCCCCCCUCCAGCACCAUUGCUCCAUGAACUGAACCCUUCCAACACGAACUCCAAUAAUGAACUUAGCCUUUAUUUCUUCAGUCAUGAACGCACAACCAACUAGAAAAGAUGCAAAUUUUAAAAUAUUUGUGUAUGUUUUAAUUAUUUUGAGUUUUUAUACGUCUUUUAAUAUAUUUUUUUUUUAUAUUUUUAUAUAAGUUUUAUAUAUUUGUAUAUAUUUAUAUAUGUUUUUUGUAAAGUUUUAUAUCUUUUUAUAUAUUUUAUAUUGAGUGUUAUAUGUUUAUAUAUUUUUUUAUACAUAAUAUAUUUUUCAGUACUGCUACACGAACUUCAAGAUCUGCUCGUCGAUGUCAGAACAGCAGACAAACUACUCGGAGCACGCAUGCGCGUGCAUGAUGUUGCGCGAGAAGGUCUACAAGAUCUGGAUCAGGCAGACCGCCCCCUUUUUGUACAGGCUGUGCAGUUUCAGGGCCAGGAUGACCUAUGAUAAGGGCUUUAAGAUGUUCUACCCAAACAAUGAUACCAGCGAUGUCGCCAUGAGUAACACCGUACACGUAGCCAACAUCUUCAGUGAGUCCCGAUGUCUAUGGGAAUUGAUGUACUCUUAAGUUGGGACUUGUGGGGUUUAAUGAAGAUUUAACUCCUCAGUGAGUCCCGAUGUCUAUGGGAAUCGAUGUCCUCUUAAGUUGGGACUUGUGGGGUUUAAUGAAGCUUUAACUCCUCGGUGAGUCCCGAUGUCUAUGGGAAUUGAUGUCCUCUUAAGUUGGGACUUGUAGUGGGGUUUAAUGCAGCGUUAACUCUUCGGUGAGUCCUGUGAAGUCAACUGCUGCUCUUGUGCCACACCUGAGUCCUGUGAAGUCAACUGCUGCUCUUGUGCUACACCGGCCGACCGGAUACCCAUAGGUUGAUAUGCCCCCCUCCCACUCGUAAGGAAAGUGAGUCGAGUUAAGUUACGGGCGGGGGCUGUCCUACCCGGAGGAGAUCUCCAGCGUGCCGCUUAGCGGCCCGAUAUUUAAGGGGACUUUUCGGGCUUGGGUGGGGGUUGCUUUGAUAAGGGUAUAAGUAGCGUAAGUUGACGGCUCCCUGGGGCCAUUUCCUAAGAUUCAGUUUCAGUGAGUACUCAUUAUGGGACUUAAUGUAGAUGGCCUCUUUCGCGUUGAUAUAUAAUGGGACAAAGCAAAGAAUCUGUCUAUAUAUAAUUCGCCAGCGAAAAAUAGGUCAAACAACAGUACCACGCAGGCUAUAUAUAGAUACGCCAGAGCAAGCAAGACAUAUACAUUUUUUAAAAAUAUAAAUUUUAAAAGCAUAUCAAUUUAAAUAAAAUGUCUUCGCUGAUAUGCUUGAAAUGAUUAAAAAUGUCAUUGAGUUAAUCAUUUAGGAAUGACUUGUUAAAUUUGACUUUGUAUUUCAAUCUAGAGGCGAGUCUAUAUAAUAACACUUUGGAUAAGUUCUACAAGGAGAAAAACAUGGACGACUUUUUGAACACCGAGGCUUUCAUGGGUCAUAAUAUAGGCCAGAGAUGCUACGGUCCUGGUAAGUUAUUACGUCAUAGUAUUGGGCCCGAGAUGCCACGAUGCUGGUAAGUUGCUACGUCAUAAUAUAGGUCAGAGGUGCUACGAUCCUGGUAAGUUGCUACGUCAUAGUAUUGGGCCCGAGAUGCUACGGUCCUGGUAAGUUAUUACGUCAUAGUAUUGGGCCCGAGAUGCCACGGUGCUGGUAAGUUGCUACGUCAUAAUAUAGGUCAGAGGUGCUACGAUCCUGGUAAGUUGCUACGUCAUAGUAUUGGGCCCGAGAUGCUACGGUCCUGGUAAGUUAUUACGUCAUAGUAUUGGGCCCGAGAUGCCACGGUGCUGGUAAGUUGCUACGUCAUAAUAUAGGUCAGAGGUGCUACGAUCCUGGUAAGUUGCUACGUCAUAGUAUUGGGCCCGAGAUGCUACGGUCCUGGUAAGUUAUUACGUCAUAGUAUUGGGCCCGAGAUGCCACGGUGCUGGUAAGUUGCUACGUCAUAGUAGUCGCCCGAGAUACUACGGUACUGGUAAGAUACAACGUCAUACCAUUACAGUAGGUUAUUACGUGACCAGGCAAGUUAGCUGUGGUACUGGCACGCUAGUGUGUCUUCAAUAAGUGCUGUAUUCAGUGCUCACCAUGUCUUACAGUAAGUGUUGUUUUUUUUUGUAGUAUGUUUUUUUAGUGUCUUACACUGGCGAGAUAUCUUUUUAAGUGUUCUCCUACUGCUCAUAUGUUUUUAAUGUCACGGCAAUUCUAUCAGACAAUGACUGUAUAAUUUUUACAGUAUAAAUUUACCAGCUUUUUUUUUUUUUUGGUAAAUCAUUCUAUAAAAUGAUGCCUUGUGUUUACAGACAUUAUCCUCGUAUUCACCGGAGUGUGGCUCCUCCUCGAAAACCUUCGUGUGAUUUAAUAAAACGAGGGGGCAGGGGGCCUUGCUGAAGCUGGUCUCCAUCAGGUCGCCCCAUUCGUAUUUAGGACAUGACACAAGACCCAUCUACAUAUCUUAAUUUUUUUUAAAAAUAGAAAUUUUGGUUAAAAAAUUAGCACCAACUACAUAUCACUGGGCACGCAAAAGUAGCAUUUUAUUAUUAUUUUUGUUUUGAAAUGCCUAAAUAGUUUCUAUAUUAUUUUGUGUAUAAUUUGUUUGUAGAUUUAAAAAUGCAAAUAAUGUCAUAUUUAUUUUGAAGAGAUCGUAUUUGUGUUUGCAUUUAUAAAUAUAACCUUGCCCCGAUUAAAGUAUGUUGAUACCGAGUAAAACUGUUUUCAUCAUUUUUCAAAAUGAAUUAAGUUAGUCAUUG